UCUAGUAGUCUAACGUCAAUCUCAAUCGGUCAAUCCCCAAUCCUAAUAUUAUUGUGAAGUUAAAUAGGCUUUACCUUUUAUAUUUACUAAAUUAAUACUUAUUUUAAUACUCUUGCUUGCACUCGUAUUUACUUUAUGUAAUUUGUUCGUACUUGUCCUACUGUGUACCAGCAUUUAGUUAGUUUCCCAACUGACGAAUUUGUUUCAAUAUUGAAUAAUUAAUUUCUUCGUUUACUGCUAUUGUUGAGAAGUGAACAUUCAUUGAACAUUGAAUCGAAUUUUAUAGAUCUUAUUUGCACGUCAUGCAAUUUGAUCAGAUUUAACUUAAAUUUCUUCUAUUUACGUACCUAACCUAUUUAAGGAAUAUUGACUAACCUAAGCCUACAAUGGAAAAUCACGUCGUUGACAUCGAUUGGCGAUUUGGAGGUUUGUUGUUCUUACUAUCCUGCAGCUAAUUGGUUUGUUGAUGUUCUCUCUUAUUUUGUAGAAUUGCCAUUGAAUUGUUACAAGUAUAAUAAAAAAAAUAGCUCAGGCUUUACUGAAUCUCUAAAGCCUUACUCUCAAAGUAUUGUAGCCUAACUUAUUUGGUUUGGCUAUAGGCUAUCUUAUUUACUGAUAAUUAUAACAAGAUGGAGUUAGAAAAGUUAGAAAAUGAAGCCAAAGCUACAGCUGCUAAACAUGUUAUCAAUAUGCUUCAGCGUACUGGACAGCUGGAAAAGGUUGAUCAGUUUAAGAGACGAGUCAGUAGGAAGAAAAUAUCUGUUGAAGCCAUGUUAAAAACAGCGAUGCAAAGUCAGCUUGAUGGGGUUUGUGUUGGUCUAAAUCAACUAUCAACUGCCCUCCAAGAUAUACAAGAGAUUCGACAAAAUUUGAAAGAAAUUAAUGAAUCAUUUGCUAACAUACCAGAGUUGGGUAUCAAACUUAAUGAAGUGAAAAAUAAGAAUAUUCAGCACUCACAGUUUGUAACUGCAAUGGAAAACUUGAAACAUUUAUUUACUGUUCCAGAAAGUGUAGAAAAAACAAAACAGUGGAUUAAUGAAGGGAAGCUUUUACAUGCCCAUCAAAGUUUAAUGGAUUUAGAAAACUCCCGUGAUGAUUUGUUGUUUGAGCUACACAAAAUAUCCAAUCAAAAACAAGCUGAUAAAAUAUUACUGAAAGCAUAUUUUGAAGAAGUGGAAGGAGUAUCUUUGGAGCUUGAGAAGCAGCUGAGGUUGGUUCUUAGCCGAACAUUGAACACAGUAAGAAAAGAACCAACUGUUAUUGUCACUGCUUUAAGGAUUAUAGAACGAGAAGAAAAAGCAGACGAAUUUGCCCUACAAAGAUUCAGUAGGAGUAAUUUCAUGCCUCCAGGCAGACCGAAGAAGUGGAGGUCAAUGGCAAUGGAAGUACUCAAGAAGUCAGUUUCACAAAGAAUUGAAGGUACCCAGGUGGAUGAACGUGAAAACAAUAAGAUGUGGCUGGUUAUGUAUUUGGAGCUAACUAGACAGUUGAUAUUAGAAGACUUGCGUGUUGUUAAGACACUUUGUGGUCCUUGUUUUCCUCCGCAUUAUGAUAUUGUCAAUGAAUUUGUUAAUAUGUAUCAUACUUCACUCUCUAGACACUUGGAAGAAAUCAUCCAAAGUGGUCUUCAAGGCAAUGAAUAUGUGUCAGUGUUAGCCUGGGUUGUAAAUACCUACCCAGGACCGGAACUGAUGCAACAUGAGGAGCUAAAUAUUGGUAUUUCGACAGUAGGGCCUCUCUUGAGAACGAAUGUCAUUAAUGAUUUGCAGCACCAAUACCUUUCAAACAUGGAAACAAACUACGAAGAUUGGAUGCAAAAAACACUUGAAACUGAGAAACAAGACUGGAUCAAUGGUGUAGCCCCUGAAGGAGAUCAAGAUGGCUAUUUCCACACUGCUGCCCCUGUUAUUAUAUUUCAAAUGAUUGAUCAAAAUUUACAAGUCACGAAGACAAUAAGCCAAGCUUUGACUCACAAGGCUAUGGUUUUAAGUAUUGACCAGGUUGCCAAGUAUGGAAUCAUGUAUAGAGAAGCAAUAAGAGAGUUCAAAUUGAGACAUUUUGAAGAUCGUAGCAAAGUUCCUUUCUUCACGCAUUACAUGAUAACAAUAGUGAAUAACUGCGUACUCUUCAUAGAGUUAGCUCAGCAAAUGAAACAGCACUACUGGAAAACUGAUUUCAGCAGUGAAGAAUCUUCAGGUCAAUUCAAUCUCCUUUUAAAAAUCUACCAAGAUCUUCGUAAUGAAGCAGCAAAGUUCCUUCUUGAAGAAGCUUUUCUUGAUUUGGAAUCUCACUUCCAGGAUCUUAUAACUAUGAAUUGGGUUUCCAGCUCGAUUCCAGUUGAUACUAUUUGUGUUACGCUGGACGACUACUUCCAAGACUAUGUACACCUACGAGUGAAAAAUUUUGAAUAUGUCAUAACUGAGGCAGAGAAUUUAGUUGCAAGGAGAUAUAUAUCAGCAAUGCUUCAGAAAAAAGUUACGUUUAGAUCGUAUGAAGAAAGAAGAUCGGCAGGUAACAAAAUUCUGAAGGAAGUAAAUCAGAUCAAAACUCUGUUUUGUAAAAUAGCUCCAAAACUAGGGAAUCGAGUUGACUCCCCUUUGGAGACUAUCAAGAGCUUAGCGGAGGUGCUCAAAAGUGAAGAUCUAGAGAUUUUAUCUUUGGAUAUUCAUAGUCUGGUUGACAAAUAUCCAGACAUAACAGAAGAUCAACUCAGUCGUCUUUUGAGCCUGAGAGGGGAUCUAUCAAGAGCUGAAAUACGUGAAAAAUUGUCAUACAUAUUCCAAGAUUCGUCUGGACAGAAGAGUACCUCGUUUGUUAGGAGUAUAUUUGAUCAGAUCUUAUGAGACACACAAUCAUUUACAUCUACAUUCCCAAGCUAAGUGACAGCUAAGAGCAGUGAGAAAAGUCAAGAAGGGAAAACAUUUUUGCAGCUGAGAAUCACUUACAAGACUGGCGACGAAUUGAAGAACUUCCAUGUAGAAAUGGGUCUUGACCAGUUUUAUACCUUUCUUCAUGAGCUAGAGAAAGCAAGAAGUGUGCUUGAAUAUGGCAGCUAAACAUUCAACUUCAUCAAAUUGGGUCGUGUAUGAUGAUGUGCGAGCCCAUACAUAAGAAGCGUUAAAUAUUUUAAUACAAGCUGUCAUUUUGUUAGGCUACUCUUACAUGUGUUUAGUAAUUAUUUGCUUUCAUAAGCCAUGGUUUAGGAUCCUGACUAUAACCAUAGACAAAAAUAAUUAAAUAUAGACCGUCAGCUGUGCUGCGGUUACCAUAGGUUCUGGCACACACCGCUGAGAGCGCUAUGUAGUUAUGGCCCGGUACGUAACUACUUGGCGCUCCCAGCGGUGUGCGCCAGAACCUAUGGUAACCACAGUACGACUGACAGUCUAUUUUUAAUUCUUUUUGUCUAUGCUAUAACUGAGAAAUGUAUUAUUGUGCUGUAUAUUCAAGUAAAGAGAGCAGUCAUUGAUUUAAGUUUAUUUUUUAUUUAAUUACUUUUUAUCUACAAAAUAGUAGCUUAGUGUAACCAGAUUGUAUAGACUUUGUUAAAAUAUAAAACUUCGAUAGUGAAGGGUGUUUUUUUAGACGUGUACAGCUUAGAAAUCACAUAAACACAUAAAAAUUAUGUUAAUUACCAUGGGAAUGAAUUUAUUGGUACCUUUGUGCCAUUUAAAAAAUAGUUUUGGGAAUGUGGGUGCCGCGGCUGGCUCAAAUGAAGCUUAAUCUCUUAGUCAAGUUUUUGAUCCCUAGAUCCAGUAUCUGGGGCCUUCUAUAAUUUUGAGAAUAUGGGUGCCAUCAAAUCCAGCAGUUUUGUGGGGAUCUGUAAACCAACUACUGUAGUACCUAAAGAUAAACCACAACAGUUGGCCGAUUAGUAAGCUAACAUCUGUUGUGUAUUGCCGCUAUAUAGCCUCAGCUGCUGGAUAACAUGAUUGAAAACUUGACUUCCAGAUUGUGCUUAUGUUUAGCCAGUCGCAGUGUCAGGUUAAUUAACAUAGCCUAAUUGUAAUAAUAAGUGUUAGGGCCUACGUGACAUUUCAAAGUGUUAUAAAGCAGCUUUUAAAACAAAGACUCUUUAUACUACCGCUUCAACAUGUUAUUUACCAUAAAUAACGACCUAAAAUUUCCUUUAGAAAAGAAGUUAAGUUCUUGAAAAAAUUUGUUUUAUUAUGAUUAUGUGCUUAACAACAUAGUUAUUAGUCUUUCAAACACAAAACAAACAUUUUAGGCUCGGUUAAAUCUAAGCGUUGAACGAAAAUAGAAUGUUAAACACGGAUUAACUGGUCAAGUCGUAGUAUAAAUACUCAAAGGCUGUGAAAAGCUGCACCAGCUGAUCGUAGUCGUAUUACGUGCCUUGUAAAGCACACGUUUUGUGUUGUUUGGUUGGAAUACUGGAGUAAGUAAGUAAAUGCAGCAAUUAGCUACAUUGCGUGCUAUAAUCUGUGCAAGGAACCACUUUGUUAGGUAACUGUAAGAAAAAUAUAUUUGUUUGAAAUGCAGAUAACACUAUAACUAAAUGCAGUCGAAGUUUACUAUUUACCUAGCAAAGAAAUACAUUUUGUUACUAAGCCUUUGUUGUAAAUAUUCUUAAUCAACUGUAUUGCUUUUGCACUCCAAUACACCUUAUAUUUACUCAUAA